AUGGACAAUCCGCACUUGGACCCAGUUGAGACAUUUUCGUACUUGCGGCUGGUCAGCGCGGAUGGCCACGAGUUCUUUCUGGACAGACGCAUAGCAUAUGAGUGUGACACGUUCAAGAAGAUGGUCGAGAAGGACGGUUUCAAAGAAGGACAGACCAAUGAGAUCCAGCUUCCGACCAUCACUGGCAAGCUACUGGAGAAGGUCAUCGAGUAUUUGUAUUUCAAGUACAAGUAUACAGACGCCAAGGUGCCUAUUCCAGAGUUUCCGAUUGAUGACGAUGUUGUCCUGGACCUGCUUCUUGUUGCCAACUAUCUCAACCUAUACUGA